GCGGGCAGCAGCCCACAGGAGGUGGCCUGGACGCCGGGCGUCUGCACCCACUGGCGCUGGCCCUGAGGGGAGGGAGCGGAGGCUGCCCCAGGCCCGGCUCUGGACGGCAGCGGCAGCUAGGCCGAGCCGGCGGGCCGGAUGCGCACGUAGCCCCGGCUUGGGGCUCAGGCUCCGCGCUGCCCCAGUUGCUGCCUCUCCUCUCCUUCCCCGGAAGACAGACGGGAUUCCUCCAGCCAGGAGAAGGCAGGGUUCACCUGAGAGACAGCCCAGACUACCUGCUCAACUUAGGGAUGGAUCUUCAGACUGCUUUUGCCACUCAUUUGCGCUGGUCUUCCCCUGCCUUGCCCCACCAUGGCGGUAGAUGUCGAGUACGGAUAUGGCUACAUGGAUCCCCCUUUGCGCCGGGACAGGUUUGCCUACAAGAUUCUGCCCAAGCCCACCAAGCCCCUGCGGCCUUGCAUUCAACUGAGCAGCCAGAGCGAGGCCAAUGGCAUCAUGGCCCCACUUGUCCAGGAGAAGAAGGCCAAAAAGAGGGUGUCCUUUGCAGAUAACCAGGGUCUGGCCUUGACCAUGGUUAAGGUGUACUCAGAGUUCGAUGACCCCUUGGACAUCCCAUUCAACAUCACGGAGCUUCUGGAGAACAUCGUGACCCUGACCACAGCCGAAUGUGAGAGCUUCGUCUUGGACUUUGAGCAGCCAUCCACCGACUACCUGAACUUCCGAAAUCGGCUGCAGGCUGACCACGUCUGCCUGGAGAACUGUGUGCUAAAAGACAAGGCCAUCUCGGGGACCGUGAAGGUACAAAACCUCGCCUUCGAGAAGUCGGUGAAAAUCCGCAUGACCUUCGACACAUGGAAGAGCUUCACGGACUUUGAGUGCCAGUAUGUGAAGGACACAUACGCGGGUUCGGACAGGGAUACCUUCUCCUUCGCCAUCAGCCUUCCUGAAAAGAUCCAGUCCUACGAGAGGAUGGAGUUUGCUGUGUGCUAUGAGUGUAGCGGGCAGACGUACUGGGACAGCAACCAGGGCAGGAACUACCGCAUCAUCCAGGCAGAACUCCAGGGCAUACAGGGAGGGCCCCCACCUCAGACUUCUUCCGACUUGGGGAUCUCCUUUGAUCAGUUUGGGAGUCCUCGGUGCUCCUAUGGCCUGUACCCGGAAUGGCCGAGUUAUCUGGGAUACGAGAAGUUGGGCCCUUACUAUUAGCUGCCUUGUGGGAGGGACACUUUGUGAGGUUAUCGGUGUGCCUGGCUGUAGGGUCCUUGUGCUUUAUGCCAAAGGCUUCUGGGCUAUUAGCAGCCAAGGAGAGAGAGAGAGGAAAGGCAGACUGCCACAGGGCACAGCUUUUGUCUUUAAAGGGUGCCAUUCACUAGGAUACCAGCCAAUCCAAUCAGGAUUAUAUUCCCCAAACACAGGCAUUCACUCAAGGCACACCCCAGCUACCACUGGUCGCAUGCCAAGAGACUUUGGUGCUGGAGACAGGCAUGACAGCAGGAGUGUGGGGGUUGGGGUGGGCUCUGGGUUGGAGUCAGGGGCCUUCCAGCGACCUCCUAAGGCAAUAAUCACCAAACCAAGCCCUCCGAGGGAGGGGGUGUGAGCGCUUUUAGCCCCAUUUUGCAGAGAAGAAAAGCAAAGAUGGGAAGUGACCCACCCGUGGUCACUUUAGCCAGGAAGGGGAGGAGUCGGGUCUCUUGACUCUCUCUUGGACUAUCUAGCACUUGUCUGCUACAUUCAACUGCAGCAGGUUUCAGGGGGCAUUGUGGCCUUCUCCACGCAUUUCUUAAAGCACUAGGAAAUAUUGCUUCCAUACGGGGGAAGAGUGAUGAUCCCCACCCUCCUCCGCAGGGGCCCUCUUCAGCUGUUGCUGCCCGCUCUUGCUUCUGUCCUGAUUCAUGCUGCUAUUCCUCUCCUGACAGACACUGAACAUUCACUUUGGUUGUUCUGUGCUGUUGUUGGUUGCACACUAAUGGGGGCUCAAGGGAGUUUAUUUCCCAGCAUUUCCUCUUCCCUUCGGGAAAAACAGACAAAGGAGAGAAGUUUGAGACUAGCUCCUCUGCCCUGCCUUCCCUCUUCCUGGUCCGCCCUGGGCAGGGCAGCAGUGAGGCCCACCCCCCCCCCGCCACCCCAAAGCCAACAUCCUAUUGGUUUGGGGCUGGUAGCUACCCUUUGGCACAUAUGGGCAUCUUGGUCCCAAACAGUCUCUGUGGCUUUAAGUGCAUCUGUUUACCUUGUGAGCCACUGGACAAAGCAUUUUUCCCUAUGCUUAGGCUCAUCUGUGACCUGGUGACAGGUUAGCUCAGCCUCUGUUCCCCAAGGUCAGUGAUGUCUGAGGAUUACACAGCAGGAGAAUGCAUGGAGCAGCCAUGUCUUCAUGUCCUGCUAAAAUGGCACAGGGCAUGGCCUGGGGAACAGAGGUCAACCCCAAGGCUGUAAAUGGGCUACUCCCGGUCAUCCGUAACUUUCCCCUUAAAAACAACAAGCCAGUUAUGAGGUUGGAGCUGGGGACCUGGUUCAAAUCCUCCCUUGGCCACUCAGGUGGCCUUGCAUGAGUCCAUUCAUAGGAUUUAGAGCCAGGAAGGAUUGGAGAGACACCUGUGCAACCUCCUUUGUUGGAGGCCCCACCUGUCACAUGGCGAUGACUCGUUGUUGGGAAGAGGCCAAGCCCAGGAUUCUUCCCAAUGUCUUUGGGCUUCAGUGUCUUCAUCUGUAGCGUGAACGGGGCUGCUUGUUUAUAACCCUCCUGUGUGCCUGGCAGUUUGAACCUGCUCCUUGCCUUUGGAAGUGUGGCCUGGCCUGGACCAGAGCUAGAACUGGGAGAGGAGACUUGUCACCAGCCUCAAGGGAGGAAAGACAGCUGCUGACCCUGGCUGACUGACCGAGGAGCCGCUGAAGGCGCUCAGUGCCAAGGAAGAUAAGUGAGUGGUGGCAACCCUGCCCUCUCCCUCCAUGAGUGAUCUGGGACUAGAUCUGUGCUGUAAUCAGCACAGUAGAGGGAACUCCCAGGGAAGGAAAAGCCCUUUGCCAAUGCAAGUCAGCACCUUCCUGCACUUUCCUGUCUUAAAGAGCGGAGAGGUUCAGUCCUUUGGUCACAGUCACACACUCAGCACGCCAGUGAGAUAAGAAGAGAACCCAUGUCUUCUUGGCUUUGCCCCCCACUGCCCAUCACCUUCUAGGAGGAUAGAUCAAAAGUCCUAUAACUGAAGAGAGGUUGCCUUCACAUCUGUGAUGGGGAGCUCACUCCCCAAGGCAGUAAGCCCAUUUCCCUGUCUUCUGUCACUCACAACCCUCAUCCCCGUUCCCCUUCCGUGAUGUCCUUUCCGUGGCAGAUGUGCCAGACUAAGUGCAAUAAACCAGCCUGGUGACUCACUAGCUUUGGAGAGCCCCUGGGGGAGAGGAAGCUUUAUUUUUUUAAGGUAGAUUGGUAGUGGGUGGGUGGGUGGAGGAGACUGAGACUCUCUCCUCUCCAGAAAUCAAACCAAUUCCCAAAGGAACAUGGAAAGACUUUCUUCAGUGCCCCAGAUUCAGUGUUAGAGGCUGUCUCUGUGGGGGAAGGGGGUCUACACCUGGGCCACCCAGCUGGAGCCAUCAGGGAAGUGAUCAUACCCCCAAAGCACCCUAGUGGUGGGAGUGAUCAUCUAUUGGCUGAGGCUAUGGCCCAGCCAUAUGGUAUGUUGUGGGACAUAUAGGGUUAGCUCCCAGACACCAGCAGUGGGACAGGGCUCUUCUUAGCCCAUAUGAAUAUACAGCCCAGGAAUUCUCUGCAGCGUGCCCAACAGUGCCUUGUAAAAGAUGUUUCUGUGUGUUUUCAGAUAAAAGAUAUUUUUAUAUGCACAUGUUCCAGGGAAAUGCACUUUACAAUCAGGAAUGGGUUGAUGGGUGGGCUCCGUCCUCUCUGUCAAAGAGACUGGGUUUUGUUUUUGAUCUAAAAGCUGAAAAGGCAAUAAAGCUUUCAAAUGAAACAUG